AUGGCCAGCGCGAAGAUUGCUACGCUUGCUAUCCGAACAAUCGCCAAGCCAAUAAGCAACAUGAUCAAAAAGCAAGCGCAAGAGCACCCCACCUUCCGCGGGAUAUGUAUAUCUCUGGCCCAAGCCAUGUACAGGAGCGAGGUCCGACUGCGAGCUAACUUGCUAGGCGAGAAUCCGAAGCACACCAAACCGUUGAGUGAGGCAAAAGCGAUUUCGAAUGGUGCCAAUACACUUGCCGAAGGAUUCCUAUUCGCUGUGGCCGCAGGGUUAAUCCUGGCAGAGAGCUGGCGCAGCUCACGUAACCAGGCUAAGCGGAGGGACAAAGUGGAUGAUCAUUUGGACGAGCUUAGCGGUCGAAUUUCGGAGGUGCAGAAGCAGCUAGAAGAGAAGAAUAGUAGAGAGGACGCGAGAUGGAAGGAGGAGACGCUCCGGAACGACGAGCUGGCAAGGGUACUUUCCCAGAUCCUCGACCUGGGUCUGCGAGGGGGUUGGAUCGAGAUGAGCGACAGCGUGCCGGUGCAGCGCCCGCCGCCUCUUCAGAUAGCUUCCUCAAUACGAGAUCAUCUACGAGACGCAGAGGAGAGCGGGAAUCCUGUGCGGUGGGAUGUACCCACGCCGGAGGAGAAUCCCUCUGGGCUGGGGAGCCUGUCGUCCCCUGUAGAUCGAGGACAGACGUAA